CAAGCUGAUUGGGUUGAUCGUGUCAAAAGAGGAAGUUGUGAACCAGAGCCUGAUCUGGAAGUAGCCGCCCUAAAAGCUUUGAAAAGGGAAAUAACAGGGACGGACGUGCGUAGAGUUAGUGGGUUUAUUAUUGCAAGACUGCAAGAUAAACCCGGCGUAUAAAUAUUAAUCUGAGCCGAAAUUGUAAACCGCGAGCCCAGUCCGGUCGUGAGCGGCGGCCACGCGUGCCCGCGGUUGACAUUUUAAGCUAACGAAAAGUGAUGCCUUCAGCCUUCUAGAAAAAGCUAACAGCUUUAGCCGCGUCAGCUGCAGCGGCAGCAACUGGGUAAUUAGGCGUCGAAAAUGGCAGACUUUGAACGCUGAUUAAUGCUUCGUAACGUCGGGUGGGACGGGCGAGGCGACGCGGGCUCUCCUUUCGUCAAAAGCUGUUUUUUUAUAUUGUCAGUCUAACGGUAAACGGUAAACACCACGACGAUGCAGCUAACUUUACACUUUGAGAUAGACGCUUUCAACGUCCAGCCCGUUUAACCCGUGCCGUUUUACUACAGCGAGGCAGAUAUACUGGUCGUGCUUUGUAGGUGGUUCUAUAAAGAAGUAGUCGGCUAUGUCGGCGUGCGCCGUGUUGCUGCGUGCGGAGCACCAACCCGGGAGUUGUGCACCAUGAUGGAAGCGGUGUGCGGCGACGUUAGCCAGCGGACACCUUAGCUUGUGUUAGCUUAGACUUUACCAGCGACGUGCUAAUGGUGGCCUGCGACGGCCAGUUGAUCGGCGACUCCAUAAACUGAAGGACGCAUCUGGGCCAGCCUAACAUGGCUUCGGACGAAUCAUCGCUGCGCGCGCUGGAGAACCUGAUGACAGAGUUCUUUCAUAGCUGCACGACUAAUGAGCGGAAACGGGAAAUAGAAGAGCUGCUGAAUAACUUUGCACAGCAGACGGGAGCAUGGCGCCACUGCUUGUUCUUCCUCUCCAAUACUCGGAAUGAGUAUGUAAUGAUGUACAGUCUCACAGUAUUUGAAAAUCUGGUGAACAAAAUGUGGAUUGGAUUAGCUUCCCAAGACAAGAUGGAGAUUCGCAGCUGUCUUCCCAAACUCCUGCUGGCUCAGCACAAGUCGGUGCCGUAUUUCAUCCGUAACAAACUCUGCAAAGUCAUUGUGGACAUCGGGCGUCAGGACUGGCCAAUGUUCUACCACGAUUUCUUCACCAGCACCCUUCAGCUGAUCCAGACCCCAGCUCUUGCUCCUUUGGGUUUGAUGAUGUUGAAAACCACAUCGGAGGAGCUUGCUUGUCCUCGCGAAGACCUCAGCGUUGCCAGGAAGGACGAGUUGCGCAAACUGCUGCUCGAGCAGGUACCAACAGUGCUUGGGCUGCUGACAGGUAUCUUAGAGACUUACUGGGACAAGCACAGCGUCAUCGCUUCUACCCCGCCUCCAUCGCCCACUUCAAGGGAAGGUGUGGAAUUGCUGGGCAGUUUGUUUCAGGGCAGCCAAUACUCAAAGCUGCUUUGUCAGCCUAUGGCUGCGUUGGACAAUGAGAGUCAUCAGCUCUGUUGUCUUGUUUUGGAGUGCUUGGCUCACCUGUUCAGCUGGAUCCCACUGUCCACAAGUAUCACGCCCACCCUGCUGGCGUCCAUUUUCCACUUCACACGCUUCGGCUGUGAUCUGCGGACAAAGGCCAAGACGGGCCCCCUCAUCUCCUCCCCCUCUAAUGGCCAGCUGAACCCCGGGGCGGUGCGAACGCCAAACGGAGAGGGUCGCAACGGGCAGCAGAGCGAGGUCAACAAGGCGGACCGCGCUCGGCUCGGCGUGCUGGCCAUGACCUGUGUCAACGAACUGGUGUCAAAGAACUGUGUGCCAAUGGACUUUGAGGAGUACCUGAUGCGGAUGUUCCAGCAGACGUUCUUCCUCCUGCAAAGGCUGACGCAGGAGAACAACGCUCACACGGUCAAGAGCCGCUUACAGGAACUCGACGAGAGUUACUUGGAAAAGUUUACAGAUUUUCUGCGCCUGUUUGUGAGCGUCCACUUGAGAAGGAUUGAGUCAAGUCCUCAGUUUCCGAUUGUAGAGUUUCUCGGUCUGCUUUUCAAGUACACCUUCAACCAGCCUACGCACGAGGGAUACUUUGCCUGUUUGGACAUUUGGAGCGUGUUUUUGGAUUUUCUCACAACCAAAAUAAAAAGCAGACUUGCUGACAGAGAAAGUGUACUUAAUAGGUAUAAAGAUGCCUUAGUUCUUCUGCUGAGGGAGGUUCUCAAUCGCAUUCAGUUCAGAUACAACCAGGCUCAGUUGGAGGAGCUGGAUGAUGAGACUCUGGAUGAUGAUCAACAGACUGAAUGGCAACGGUACCUACGGCAAAGUCUGGAGGUGGUUGCCAAGGUGAUGGAACUGCUCCCAUCCCAUGCAUUUUCAACCCUGUUUCCAGUUCUGCAAGAAAAUCUGGAAGUGUACCUGGGUCUGCGGCAAUUCAUCGGCACCACUGGCUCAAGUCGAAGGCUGAACAUAACGGCAGAGAAUGAUUGCCGGCGCCUCCACUGUUCCCUCAGAGACCUCAGCUCGCUGCUACAGGCAGUCGGACGCCUAGCGGAGCAUUUCAUCGGAGAGGUUUUUGCUGCGCGCUUCACUGAUGCUCUGGCUGUGGUGGAGAGGUUGGUUGAGGUGACUUGCUACGGCUCUCAGACCGGCCUUUACGACCUGGAGACAGCUGUGCCUUCUGUGCUCAAACCCGACCUCACUGACGUACAUGCGCAGGCUGUCGCUGCUUUGCAGGCCUAUUCCCACUGGCUCGCUCAGUUCUACAGCGAAGUCCACAGUCAGAACCAGAGCCAGUUCAUCAACCUCAUCACCUCCGCUGUGAAUGCUAGUAGUCCACUCCUCACAACUAAGGUACCUGAGAAGCUGCUGCUCUCAGCGAGCCAUCUGAUGGUUUCCAUCACUGCUACAGUGAGGCCGGUGUUUUUAGUCACUUUGCCAGCUGUUCAGAACAUCUUCAACCGGAUUACUACAGAGAACCAAUCCCACCGACUUCCCCAGGAGGCUCACAUUCUUGUGUGCAGAUCUUUGUCCAACAUGCUGUUGCUUCCAUGGCCCAACUUACCCGAGAGCGAGCAGCAAUGGCAAACGCGCUCCAACAGUCACGGCACCCUAGUGGCCGCUCUCACGCGGGAGUAUCGUGUUUUAAGAGGAACGGUGAACAUCAGUGCACGACAGCCGGGUCUAGAUAAUGUGAAAGCAGUGAUACAUCACACUCUGCCUGUGCUCAGGGAUAUAGUCGACAGCAUCUCGAGUGAAUCCACCAAGUCACGGCAGAUCUGUUACCAGAGUCUUCAGGAGUCAGUCCAAGUGACUCUUCACCUGUUCCCAGUUUUUAUUCAGCAGCCAGAUGUGACCGAUGAGAUGCUGGCCUUCUUCCUGACUCUGUUUCAAGCAUUGCGAGUCCAAAUGGGCGUAGCUUUCACGGGACAGAUCAUCCAAACGUUCCUCAGCAUGUUCACAAGGGAGCAGCUGGCUGCCAGUAUUUUACAUGAAGGCAGCGCCGGAUGCAGGGUGGUGCAGAAGUUCCUGAAAAUCCUGCAGGUGGUGGUGCAGGAGCCUGGUCAAGCUUUCAAGCCCUUCCUGCCCAGCAUCCUCUCUCUGUGCAUGGAGCAGGUCUACCCAGUUGUGGCAGAGCGGUCCUCCCCGGAUGUCAAGGCAGAAAUGUUUGAGCUGCUGUACCAAAUACUGCACCAAAACUGGAGGUACUUCUUCAAAACCUCAGUCUUAACAAGUGUCCAAAGAGGAGGUGUGGACGACACCAUGGAGAAUGAGGCCCAGUUCACAGCAGCCAUGCAGGCUUUUGGACAGUCCUUCCUGCAAACUGAUAUCCACAUCUUCAAGCAGAAUCUGUCCUAUUUGGAGUCACUCAACAGCAAGCACAAGUUGUAUCACAGAAAGCUUUUCAGGACCUCGAUGCUCUUCCACUUCAUCAACGUGCUCCUGCAGGUCCUGCUGCACAAAAGUCACGACCUCCUCCAGGAGGAAAUCACCCUCGCCAUUUACAACAUGGCGUCUGUCGACUUCGAUACCUUCUACUCGGCCUUCAUGCCCGAGUUCCUGAACGGCUGUCAAGGCGUGGACACCAAUCAACGGGCCGUUCUCGCACGCAACUUCAAGCUUGAACAGGACCUGCCCUCGUUCACUCAAAGCGUGCAGAGACUGGUGAACGACCUUCGCUACUACAGACUGUGUAACAGUAGUUUGCCCACUGGUACCAUCAAGCUAUAGCCAAACGACUGCUUGCACCUCUCCACCCGUCAGCUGUGACCUUCAAAGACUGCCUGUGCUGACCACUCUGCCCCACACUCCUCCACUUCGGCUUCGCUCCGCACAAAGCAACGGCAAGGAGCAUCACACAUUUCUUGGUUGAGUAAGAGGGGGUGGGUGGGCAUGCUGCUGAUAACGUUUUUUAAUCUCUACUGUAAAAGGUCGACACAUUGGUUUCUUUCUUAGAGCAAUGUCCUCCUUAGUGUCUUGCCAAUGAACGUUUGUUUGGUGGGGAAACGUAAACCUGGUCUGCAGUUGGCAUCUGUCCAGACCCGGAGCUGUCUGAGCCAGGCCUUCUCUCCCAUUCUGCCACAACAAAGCUGGGCUGGAACUGAGCACUUUUUAACUCCAUUUUUGAGUGGGUUUUUUUUUUUUUUUUUUAAAUGUCUGCUUUUAUUCAUUUUUGCCUUUUUCAUCUCCAAAGGAGACAGAAUCUCAUCUUAAGAUCUUUCAUAUCAUUCCAUUCUGAAAAACGUGAAAACUGCUUGAUUAAUAAAUUGCUUUUUUCUUCUUCUUUUUUA